AUGAUAUGUUGUUCUUUCAGUAUAGUUAGCGACAGCACAAUCAUAUUCCCAGUACAUAUUACAAAUAAGCACUUGCUGAAACAAAUUGGUGUCUCUUUCCCUUUGUCAAUAUCUCCCUUUUUCUUACACUCAUCUCUCUGCAAUUUCUCACUCCUUUUCCCCUUUUCUUAUCCUCAUCUCUCUAUACUAUUUAUGUUCUCUUACUCUCAUCUCUCAAUACUAUUUCUGUUCUCUUACUCUCAUCUCUCAAUACUAUUUCUGUUCUCUUACUCUCAUCACUCAAUACUAUUUCUCUCCCCUUCUCUUACUCUCAUCUCUCAAUACUAUUUCUCUCCCCUUCUCUUACUCUCAUCUCUCAAUACUAUUUCUGUUCUCUUACUCUCAUCUCUCAAUACUAUUUCCCUCCCCUUCUCUUACUCUCAUCUCUCAAUACUAUUUCUCUCCCCUUCUCUUACUCUCAUCUCUCAAUACUAUUUCUGUUCUCUUACUCUCAUCUCUCAAUACUAUUUCUGUUCUCUUACUCUCAUCUCUCAAUACUAUUUCUGUUCUCUUACUCUCAUCUCUCAAUACUAUUUCUGUUCUCUUACUCUCAUCUCUCAAUACUAUUUCCCUCCCCUUUUCUUAUCCUCAUCUCUCAGUGAAAUUUCUUUCCUCUUUUCUUUUUUAUCCUUUUUUUUUCCUACAAAGUUCUGCUACAUAUUUUCUUGCCAUCCUUUUCUUUUUUAUAAUUUCCUUUUGCCUCUGUUUCUAUAUUGA